AUAUUUGGUAUUACAAGAAAUUCCAAAGAAUCAAGAUGCACUUAUUUGGUAGAAGAACAACAAAAAAAUUUUUGCAUUCUUUCUGAACUAGCAAGAAAAUAUUUUGCUAUUCAAGCAACAUCAAGUGCUAGCGAGAGACUCUUUAGUGAUGCUAGAAAUAUUAUAACAAAUAAAAGAACAUCUUUAAAGCUAGAAGUAUUUGAAACUUUAAUAUUUCUUAAAAGAAAUGGUCUAGUAGUAG